AUGGCCCAGUCGACCGCCCACCGCCGCCUGCUGCAGGAAUACCGGACGCUGACGAACAACCCGCCCGAGGGGAUCACGGCCGGGCCGGUGUCCGAGGACGACAUGCUGCACUGGGAGGCGCUGAUUCAGGGCCCCGAGGGCACGCCCUUUGAGGGCGGCGUCUUUCCUGCCGAGCUGCGCUUCCCCAAGGACUAUCCGCUGGCGCCGCCGACCAUGCGCUUUGUCGGCUGCGAAGUGUGGCACCCCAACGUCUACCCCAGCGGCCUCGUCUGCAUCUCCAUCCUCCACCCCCCCGGCGACGACCCCAACCACUACGAGCACGCGUCCGAGCGCUGGUCCCCCAUCCAGAGCGUCGAGAAGAUCCUCAUUUCCGUUAUGAGCAUGUUGGCCGAGCCCAACGACGAAAGCCCCGCCAACGUCGAGGCCGCCAAGAUGUGGCGUGAGCGCCGCACCGAGUACGACAACAAGGUGCGCGUCGGCGUGCGCCGCAUGUUGGGGCUGUAG